CUUUGUAUUUAAGCCCUCAUUAAAAUGAAAGCCAGGAGCCAGCUAAAAUGGGUCAGUAUAUUGGAACUGCAUUCAGUACUGGUUAGACAUUUUCUAGCAAGGUAGUCAUGCUGCCUGACAAGUUGAACGACACUAGCCUUGCUGAGGCCCUUAUUCUCUUGGGGUUGUUGUAUGUAGUGUGAUUUCCUUAGGGUUGAUUUCCUGGCUUCAAGCUUAUUUCAGGUCAAUACCCCCUCCUACCAUUUGCUACUCUGACGAGCAGAGGUAGGAUAGUGUAUGAGGGUCAAACGCAUGUCCUGUUUAGGCGUGAGGGAUUUGUGGUAGAGAAGCACAGGUUGUGUUUUCUGAACCGAGGAAGUAGUUUAAUGAUCCUAGCCUUGAUAAGUCUGUUAAGAAAUCCCCCAAGGGAGAUCUCGCUCUUGGCAUCUCCCUUGGGGUUCCUUUAGGGCAGGGUUUCCGAAACCUCUCCUCGGCCCCUCCAGAUGUUUCACAGGUUUGUUUUAACCCUUAACUGACACACAUGGUUCAAUUAGUUAACUAAUCAUCAAGCCUUUGACUAAUUAAAUCAGGUGUGGCAGUUUAGGAUUAAAACAAAAAUGUGAAACUUCUGGAGGGGCCGGUGGAGAGGGUUGGGAAACCCUGUUUUAGGGUCAGAUGCCCCAUGUUAAAGCUCUGUUUAGGGGCGAAAAUCACCCAGCCAAAGAUGGAAUGGAAGUUUAUUUGUCACAUGCGCUGAAUACAACAGGUAUUACCGUGAAACGUACUCAGCCCUCCUUUUCCUGUAGUUCACAAUCAUCUCCUUUGUCUUGAUCACGUUGAGGGAGAGAUUGUUGUCCUGGCACCACACUGACAGGUCUCUAACCUCCUCCCUGUAGGCUGUCUCAUCAUUGUCUGUGAUCAGGCAUACCGCCGCUGUGUCGUCGGCAAACUUAAUGAUGGUGUUGGAGUCUUGGCCAUGCAGUCAUGGGUGAACAGGGAGUACAGGAGGUGACUAAGCACGCACCCCUGAGGGACUCCUGUGUUGAGAAUCAGUGUGGCAGAUGUGUUGUUGUCUACCUUUACCACCUGGGUGCGGCCCGUCAGGAACUCCAGGAUCUAGUUGAAGAGGGAGGUGUUUAGUCCCAGGGUCCUUAACUUGGUGAUGAGCUUUGAGUGCACUAUGGUGUUGAACGCUGAGCUGUAGUCAAUGAAUAGCAUUCUCACAUAGGUGUUCUUUUUGUCCAGGUGAGAAAGGGCAGUGUUGAGUGCAAUAGAGACUGCAUCAUCUGUGUAUCUGUUUGGGCGAUAUGCAAAUUGGAGUGGGUCUAAGGGUUUCUCAAAGCACUUCAUGGCUACAGAGUCAGCAGUCAUUUAGGCAGGUUACCAUGGUGUUCUUGGGCACAGGGACUAUGGUGGUCUGCUUGAAACAUAUAGGUAAUACAGACUCAGCCAGGUACAGCUUGAAAAUGUCAGUGAAGACACUUGCCAGUUAUUGACUAGACUGGUGGUUGGUGGGCAUGCAAGCAGCUCGGGCUGGCUGGGUGUUCUGGCUGGGUGUUCUGGCUGGGUGUUCUGGCUGGGUGGUCUGGCUGGGUGUUCUGGCUGGGUGUUCUGGCUGGGUGGUCUGGCUGGGUGUUCUGGCUGGGUGUUCUGGCUGGGUGGUCUGGCUGGGUGGUCUGGCUGGGUGGUCUGGCUGGGUGGUCUGGCUGGGUGUUCUGGCUGGGUGGUCUGGCUGGGUGGUCUGGCUGGGUGGUCUGGCUGGGUGUUCUGGCUGGGUGUUCUGGCUGGGUGUUCUGGCUGAAGUUUGAUAUAGGAUGUCUUAAUAAAGACAAUCACAAGUUAAGCCGUUGUACUUUAUUUGUAAGAGUUGUUCAUUUGUUAUGGUACGCUAUGAAGAGGACAUAGAGACAGCCCUUACUGUAAGACACACACACACACACACACACACACACACACACACACACACACACACACACACACACACACACACACACACACUGUAAGACAGACACACACACUGUAAGUCCCCUCACACACACACACACACACACACACACACACACACACACACACACACACACACACACACACACACACACACACACACACACACACACUGUAAGACAGACACACACACUGUAAGUCCCCUCACACACACACACACACACACACACACACACACACACACACACACACACACACACACACACACUGUAAGACAGACACACACACUGUAAGUCCCCUCACACACACACACACACACACACACACACACACACACACACACACACACACACACACACACACACACACACACACACACACACACUGUAAGACAGACACACACACUGUAAGUCCCCUCACACACACACACACACACACACAACCUCACUGUAAGACACCUCAAAUGUGUGUGUUUGUGUGUGUGAGGGGACUUACAGUGCGUGUGUCUGUCUUACAGUGUGUGUGUGUGUGUGUGUAUGUGUGUGUACCUCAAGGUGGACGAGUUGCAAUGUGUGACAGGGUUUCUGGAGGGGAACAAGGACCUGCAGGUGAGCCUGGGACCACAGUGGGAGAGACUGAGAGAGGUGCAGGAAAAAAGUGUACUUACUCAACGACAGAGUGGACACACUGGAGAGGAAUACACACACACACACGAUCCUGAGUUCGCUACUAAAGGCCUCAAAUAUAAGAAACAUCUGUAUGAAGAGGCCAAGAGGCAGGGCUGGCCUCCGCCCGUCUUCUCAGAGAUAAAGGAAGCCCUCGGUUACAGGGGUCGUGUGAAGGUGAGAGGUCUGAUGUUUGAAGGUACUCAGGUGUGCGGAAAUUCGAAGACCGUGCUCCAGGAAGUGGCUAAACUGGCCCUGUAGCACCUGAGCCAGCUAGCCAAUGACGGCGCUAAUCUGAGUGAGCUAGCCAAUGACACAGAGGAGGCAGAGGCAUCCAGUAGCCAGACGGACAAACCACAUAGCCUCUCAUGCACAGGCUCCAUGUUCUUUGGUAGUGUCACUGUGGUCCUCAAAACGGAUGUCACCUCUGGAGAGGGGCAUUCUGGGAAGACAGAGGCUGUUGAGUUUGCCUACAAGAAACUAGCUCUCCUGUUCGAUCUACCAGAAUCAGCUUCACCCUAUAAGGAUGUGGUCCUGGAGCACUGUCAUAUGCGGGAUGUCCCACCCCCAGAGGAGGCCCUCCAAUCUGAUGCAGAGAGUAGGAGCUACCAGUGCGCCCUCCGAUUCACUGGACCAAUCACCUUCUAUGCCCCAGAGGGUUCCAGAAAAAAGACCCCGUUGGGGCAGCAGGCAGAUAAAGUGGCCCUCCAGCGGCUGUCCGUGGUCCUCGGCAGUAAGGAAGUGGUGGGAGCAAACUACAUAAGCGCCCUUAAAGAGCUUUUCGAGGCCCAGACCCCACCUCUGGACAUGCCUGUUUAUGACGUCACAUCCCACCAGCCCCCGUGAUACCUAGCUUGCAGACCCCCGAAAAUCAGGUUGUCCCAGUGUCAACCAUGGACACCUCAGUUACUAUGGACUCCAUGGAUACCACGGUCACCAUGAAUACCAUGGAGACCCAGGGAGGAGGAGACGCCCGCCAAACCACACCCACCCUCCCAGAGGAGCGUAACGUCUCUUAAGAUGGCCGGCGGUUCUUUGCGUGUGUGACGGUUCGUGUGCAGAAGGACCUCACCCCACAGGAGGCGUCUACUCAAGAGGGAGCGCUACAGGCUGCAGUCUGCUCCAGGGCCUGUCUCUGGAUCCUCCACCUACAGCGGAAAGACACCGUACGUCCACACUUACAGAAUCCACCACUCCUCUGAAGGAUGGACACUUCAGUUAUCUUCUGGGCAGAUGCUGCAGUGUU